AUGGCGAGAAAGAGUCUGCGCAGCCUUUUGCCUUCUUACUCCUUCGGCCGCCGUGGCGGAUCGCCGGAGUCGUCGCCUCGGCCGGCGCCGCAGCAGCAAAGGCGUAGGGUAUCGGAUGAUGUGAUUGAGAAAUGGGUCGCGGCGGCUGAGGCCCUGGUCGCGAAGUGGGAUCGCGACGUCGGCUCCGCCGCCGUUCUGUUCUGUGACGACCACCGCGAGGAGGCGCGUGCGUUUCUCGAUGCGGUGGGUGACCUCCAGCGCGCCAUGCUCAGCUUCGUCUCCGGCGCGGGGGGCGUGGCGGCGGCGGAGUCGUCCCACGCCGCUCUCGUUAGCGCACAGUCGAUGAUGCAGGCCGCUAUGCGUCGCCUCGAGAAGGAGUUCCGCCGGAUUCUCACUGACAACCGAUACUUCUGUCGCGAUCUGAAAGCCGUCUCCGUUCGGUCUUCCUCCCGGUUGAGCGCCUCCGAGGAUGGCGACGACAGCAGCGUUGGCAGGGCAGAUGAUUCCGCCGGCGAAGUCGAGAACGCCGCCGCGGUCGCCGUUGCCAUGGGCGACCUUCGGGCCAUCGCUGAGACCAUGGUCUCCGCCGGGUACAGGAAGGAGUGCGUCAAGGUAUAUAAGCUCCUCCGCAAGUCCGUCGUCGACGAGGAGCUCCGGCGACUCAAAUUCGACAGUCUCUCCCCGAAUUCGCAGGUCCGCAAGCUGGAUUGGGCGGCGCUCGAGAUCAAAAUCAGAUCUUGGCUCUCCGCCGCGCCCGCCGCCUUCUCCACUCUGUUUUCCGGCGAGCGGAUUCUCUUGGAGCACGUCUUCGCUGGAUGCGACUCCAUCCGCGACGCCGUCUUUGGCGAAAUUGCGAACGAUGCCGCCGUCCAUUUCUUACGGCUGCCGGAGGCGGUGGCCAAAUCGAAGCGGUCGAGGGACAAAACGGCUCGACUUCUGGACCUCUACGAUGCGGUCUCCGAGCUGCUACCGGAGGUGAACUCGUUGUUCUCCUUCGAUUCUACUUCCGCCGUCCGGGAGCAGGCCCUCGCCUCGCUCUCUAAGCUCGGAGAGACCAUCCGCACUACCGUCGCCGACUUCGAAGAGGCUCUGUUGAAGGAGAACUCAAAGUUUCUGUUUCCCGGCGGCGGAAUUCACCCGCUCACGCGUCGAGCGAUGGACUACAUCGCCGUGCUUGCGGACUACAAAACCUCACUCGCCGAGAUCUUCGACGGGUCGCACACGACGGCGAAUCCGUUGUCGCCGUCGAUUAGCGAGCCGCGGCAAGCCGGGUCGGAGGUGGCCAGGCUGUUGGCGCGGCUAAUGCUGGCGCUGAACUGCAAGCUCGACGCGAAGGCGGCGGCGUAUGGAGACGCCGCCUUGUCCCACCUCUUCCUGGCGAACAACUUCCAGUACGUGGCCAACAGGGCGCGGGCAUGCUCGCUGAGCGGUGUGCUGGGAGAGGAAUGGGCGGCGCGGCACGAGGGGAAAGCGAGGCAGCACGCGGAGGGAUACGAGCGUGCGGCGUGGGGUAAGGUGGCAGCGGCGGUGCCGGCCAGGGAGGUGGCGCCGGGGGAGGCGCGCGAGCGGAUGCGGGCGUUCAGCGCGGGGCUGGAGGGUGCGUGCGCCGCGCAAGAAGGGUGGGUGGUGGUGGACUCCAGAAUGAGGGAGGACGUGAGCGCGGUGGUCAGGGGGAUGAUCCUUCCGGCGUACCGGAGUUUCCACGAGCGUUGGCGGUCGACGCCGGAGGUGGCGACGGUGGCCAGAUUCUCGCCGGAGGAGGUCGGUGUCCGGAUAGCGGACCUCUUCGCCGGGUCGGAUGACGGACCCGAUCCCAAUUCUUAUUCGAGUUAUCGGAUCGGGCACGACUCCGACUCCUCUCGAUCCGAUGGCUCGGGCUCUUCCCGCCAUUCCCGGUCCGUUUAA